UUUCCUUAAUACAUUGUUGCUUCUCUCAAAUAACUGUCCCCCAUUUUUUCAGGAAGCAGUUUUUUGGGGGCUGCCCCUUAAGCACAUUCCCCCCUUCAGGAAAGGUGAAAGACUGCCAGUAAGGCCUUAUUUCAAAAGGAAAUAAAUUUGGAAGCAAGCUGCCAAAUCUCUAUCACUUGGAGCAUGAUUUUUCACUAUGCAGAUUAUUCACAAUUCCUGUUUUCUCUUAUUCUUUAUGACUUGCCUUUUGGUAAUUUCAUUAUUAAAAAAAACCACAACUCUGACCCAGUAAUGGAAGGAGUGCAAGGCUGGACAUCUCUCUGUGGCUGACCACUUGUUGCAGCUGUUUUGUACAGGAAAUCCAUACUUUACUAUUCCUUUACAGCAUCUGGAAAGGGGUUGAGUGGGAAAGCCAAAAUAAUAACAUUGAGGGAUUACAUUUGCUCCCUGUUGCUUUUUGCCCAGGGAAACUGAGAAUUUAACUGUUUGAUUUUUUAAAAAAUCCCUGAUAAACUAGUGUUAUAGGAAGAUAUAGGUUUAAAGUAUCUAUUUCACCAGCUACAACGUCUCCUACCAGUCUGUGAAUCAGAUUGGAAUAAAGGUGCUGUAGACCUAUAAGGUUCUAUUUCAAUCAAAGAGGGAAGAAGGAGGGGACUAAAAAGAGAAGAGAAAUUGAUGGGGGAGGGGGUGAGGAGGGAGUAGGAGAGAGUAAAGGAUAGAGAAAGAAACCCCCUAAUUGCAAGACUUUCUGAGCAAGAUAUUUUUCUUCCUUUCCCAAGUUUGAAGGCUGCUGAAUAAUUCAUGAAAAGCGUGGAAAGCCUGAAUUUACCUAGGGUGAUGAAUAACUGAACAGGAGUGAGCUGAGCGAGAGAGGCUGUAUCACAUCAGCCACCACUCCUGCCUCUCAUCCCAGGGUGCUCUACAGCUCUCAAUUUGCUUUUCAACAAGCUUCUACUCUCUGCUACUGUGAUUGCAGGAGGUUGCUUGCCUGGGUGGGUCUCCAGCCUGCUAAAAGUCAGAUAAUCUUCCCCCUGGCACUGCUGCCAGCUGGGAAGCUCCUCCUUGCUUAUUGCUACUGCUGUUGCUGCCAAGCCUUGGACCAUGUGCCCAGUUCGUGAGUAUUGGCCAUGCUCCUGGCACUGAUCCCAAUGGAACUUCUCUGAUGGCAUUUUCCUGGGACCACAGGUGCUGCUGUUGCUACAAGAUGCUUUGGAAGAUUACUUCCUCUGUUACUGUCUGCAUAGGACCAGCCUGAGAGCAAGAUCUUCACCUAAAGUCCAUUCUUCCACAGCCUUUUGAUUUGGGGGGUAGAGUCUGGUGGACCUCCACCCUUUUGGCCCUACGGAACAGUGUCGGAUGUAAUGGAGCCUUCAGAAAGAAGUCAAAGUUAAAGAGCUGGGUGUGAAAGUGGAAGCCAGCAUGACCAACAGCUCCUCCACGUCCACCACCACCUCCAGUGCCGGGGGGUCGCUGCUACUGCUGUGCGAAGAGGAGGACUCGUGGGCAGGCCGCAGGAUUCCCGUGUCCCUCCUCUACUCGGGCCUGGCCAUCGGGGGAACGCUGGCCAACGGCAUGGUCAUCUACCUGGUGUCAUCCUUCCGAAAGCUCCAGACCACUAGCAACGCUUUCAUCGUGAACGGCUGCGCUGCUGACCUGAGCGUGUGCGCCCUCUGGAUGCCGCAGGAGGCGGUAUUAGGGCUGCUGCCCAACUCCUCGCCCGAGCCUCCAGGGGGGUGGGAUGGCGCUGGGGGCAGCUACCGCCUUCUGCGGGGCGGCUUGCUGGGUCUCGGCCUCACCGUGUCCCUCCUAUCCCACUGCUUGGUGGCCCUGAACCGCUAUCUGCUCAUUACGCGGGCGCCCGCCACCUACCAGGUGCUAUACCAGCGGCGCCACACGGCAGGCAUGCUGGCACUGAGCUGGGCACUGGCUCUGGUGCUCGUGCUGCUUCUACCUCCCUGGGCAGCGCCGGCAGGUCGCGUGCCCCCCGAGGUGCACUACCCGGCGCUGCUGGCCGCUCUGGCGCUGCUGGCUCAGACGGCGCUGUUGCUGCACUGCUACCUGGGCAUCGUGCGCCGGGUGCGGGUCAGCGUCAAGCGGGUCAGCGUGCUCAACUUCCACCUGCUGCACCAGCUGCCAGGCUGUGCUGCGGCCGCGGCCGCCUUUCCAAGUGCUCCUGGCCCUCCUCACCCGCACCCAGUGCCCCAGGCGGCCGCAGCUGCAGCUCAGCCCCUGCCGCCCACUCUGCACCCGCGCCGGGCACAGAGGCGCCUCAACGGGCUGUCAGUGCUGCUACUUUGCUGCGUCUUCCUGCUGGCCACGCAGCCCCUCGUGUGGGUGAGCCUAGCCAGCGGCUUCUCGCUGCCUGUCCCCUGGGGGCUGCAGGCAGCCAGCUGGCUCCUGUGCUGCUCUCUGUCCGCCCUCAACCCUCUGCUCUACACCUGGAAGAACGAGGAGUUCCGCCGUUCGGUGCGCUCGGUCCUGCCAGGUAUUGGGGACGCGGCUGCGGCUGCGGCUGCCGCCACUGCUGUACCAGCCGUGUCCCAGGCACAGCUGGGCACCCGGGCCGCUGGCCAGCACUGGUGACGCGGUUGCCAGGGCAGCCUAGGCGACGGAGGAGAGGUUGCCCAACUUCCAACUCCCAGGCCGCCCCCUCCUCCAAAGCAUCACAUCCC